GACCCGGUCAGUUUCAGUGAAUCUCCCUCCCUCUGGGUAACUCUUCAUCCUGGGAGGGAGACGGAGAUGGGAGCAGGGGAAACUGUUCACUUGUAGCAACUGGAGUGAAUCCAGGGAGGGAGCAGACUCUGCAAACUCAGACUAUUUGAAAAUCUGAAGACUGAAGUUUCAAAAUCAAUGGAUGGAAGGCUUAUGUCCAAAACAUUGACUCUCCUGUUCCUCGGAUGCUGCCUGACCUGCUGUUUUGCCAGCGCCACAUUUUUUGACUGACUCUCCAGCGUCUGCAGUCCUCACUUUGUUGUUAAUGUCUGACAGUCACUCAAUCCAUUGGGACCACAACAAUUUUUGACUGAAUUCUGUGAGAGGGAUCAACACUUUUUGGUUCCUGUUUGAGGACAUUUUCAACAUCAGGUGGGACUGGACGAGAGACCCCACUGUUGAAGCACACUGUGUGGAGCCUGAAACAGUUAUACAGCCUGGGAAGGGGAUUUCACGACAGGGAGGGGCUCUACACGUGUUUGUGUGCAGCUGAAGCUGUGGCCAUGGAGAAUCCUGAGGAAUCCCGCCCUGUGGAGAAACCGUGGAAGUGUGGUGACUGUGGGAAAGGCUUCCGUGUCCCGUCUACCCUGGAGACUCAUCGGCGCUGUCACACCGGGGAGAGGCCAUUCCCCUGCACCGACUGCGGGAAGGCCUUCAGAGAUUACUUCCACCUGCUGAGGCACCAGCGGAGCCACACGGGGGAAAAACCCAUCAGCUGCCCAGAUUGUGGGAAGGCCUUCAUAUUUUUCUCUGCCCUGUUGGCCCACCAGCGGGUCCACACAGGAGAGAAGCCGUUCAGCUGCCCAGAGUGUGGGAAGGCCUUCAGGUAUUCCUCCAACCUGCUGACCCACCAGCGUGUCCACACCGGGGAGAGACCGUACACCUGCCCUCAGUGCAGAAAGAGCUUCACCUGCUCCUCCAACCUGCGGAGCCACCAGCGGAUCCACACCGGGGAGAGGCCCUUCAGCUGCCCUGAGUGUGGGAAGGCCUUUCACGAUUCCUCCACCCUGCUGACCCACCAGCGGAUCCACACCGGGGAGAGACCCUUCAGCUGCCCCGAAUGCAGGAAGGGUUUCAACUGCUCCUCCCACCUGCGGAGCCACCAGCGGAUUCACACAAGGGAGAGGCUCUUCACUUGCUCUCAGUGCAGGAAGGCCUUCAGCUAUUCCUCCACGCUGCUGAUCCACCAGCGGAUACACACCGGGGAGAGACCAUACAUCUGCUCUCAGUGCGGGAAGGGCUUCACCUGCUCCUCCAACCUGCGGAGACAUCAGCGAGUUCACACUGGUUCUAAACCGUGGAAGUGUGGGGACUGUGGGAAAGGCUUCCGUGUCCUGUCUGCCCUGGAGACUCAUCGGCACAGUCACACCGGGGAGAGGCCAUUCCCCUGCACCGACUGUGGGAAGGCCUUCAGACAUUUCUGCCACCUGCUGGCCCACCAGCGGGUCCACACGGGUGAAAGGCCCUUCAGCUGCCCUGAGUGUGGGAAGGCCUUCAGCGAUUCCUCCACCCUGCGGACCCACUGGCGUGUCCACACUGGGGAGAGGCCCUUCAGCUGCCCCGAGUGCGGGAAGGCCUUUACCCAGUCCUCCACCCUGAUGAGGCACCAGCGUGUCCACACCGGGGAGAGGCCGUUCACCUGCUCUCAGUGCGGGAAGGGCUUCACCUGGUCCUCCAACUUGCGGAGCCACCAGCGGAUCCACACCGGGGAGAGGCCCUUCAGCUGCCCCGAGUGCAGGAAGGCCUUCAGCAAUUCCUCCGCCCUGCUGAUCCACCAGCAUGUCCACAUCCGGGAGAGGCCAUUCACCUGCUCUCAGUGCGGGAAGGGCUUCAUCUGCUCCUCCACCCUGCUGACCCACCAGCGGGUCCACACCGGGGAGAGGCCGUACAUCUGCUCUCAGUGCGGGAAGGGCUUCAUCUGCUCCUCCGCCCUGCUGACCCACCAGCGGAUCCACACGGGGGAGAGGCCCUUCAGCUGCCCCGAGUGCGGGAAGGCCUUCAGCGAUUCUACCAUCCUGCUGAAGCACCAGCGGGUCCACACCGAGGAGAGGCCAUACAUCUGCUCUCAGUGCGGGAAGGGCUUCAGGUAUUCCUCCACCCUGCGGAAACACCAGAGGGUCCACACCGGGGAGAGGCCGUACAUCUGCUCUCAGUGCGGGAAGGGCUUCAUCUGCUCCUCCGCCCUGCUGACCCACCAGCGGAUCCACACGGGGGAGAGGCCCUUCAGCUGCCCCGAGUGCGGGAAGGCCUUCAGCACAUCUUCCUCCCUGCUGAGGCACCAGCAGAUCCACACCAGGGAGAGGCCGUUCAUUUGCUCUCAGUGUGGGAAGGGCUUCACCCGCUCCUCCCACCUGCGGAGACACCAGCGAGUUCAUGUGCUAUCACAGGGGGAUUGAAGGAGUGACGGCCGAGUCCCAUUAUCGAUUGGAAUAUCAACCCGGUUCCGGGGACUCCCAGGUUCGAAUCCCACCACGACAGAUGGCAGAAUUGGUAUUCGGUCAGAAAUGUGGAAUUCGGAAUCUAACGAUGAGACCAUUUCAGGGAGGGGGUGGUAGGGGGAGAAAGCCCCCAUCUGAUUCCCUCUCUCCCUUGUUAGGGAAGGGAACUGCCAUUGUGGGAAAGGAUACACUCAACUCAUUCCAGCUGCAUCCUUUACCCGGUCUUGCCUACACGUGACUCCAGACCCACAGCAGUCUGUUUGACUCUACACUGCCCCUUCCUGGCAAAGGAGUGGGAAGAAACUUACUUGGAGACAGGGUAUGGGUUGAAAUUGCUGAGUGAGGCAAUACUUCCUCUGGGUUACGGCUGUACCAAGGAUCCAAUUUCAAAGGGACAGCUUGGUGCUGACCAAUAUUGAUAUGGGUGAUGUAAUUUCUGCAGUUUCACACACUCUCUCUCUCUCUCACACGCUCUCUCUCUUGCACACACACUCUCUCUUGCACACACACUCUCUCUUGCACACACACUCUCUCUUGCACACACACUCUCUCUUGCACACACACUCUCUCUUGCACACACACUCUCUCUUGCACACACACUCUCUCUUGCACACACACUCUCUCUUGCACACACACUCUCUCUUGCACACACUCUCUCUCUCUCUUUCUUUCUCUCUCACACACACACACACACACACACUCUCUCACACACAUUCUCUCUUGGUAUGGGUAAGGUAAUUUCUGCAGUUUAACUAAGGGUUAAUGAGUAAGAGCUAACUGUGAGACUGAAUGCAAGCAGGCCUGCUUGGGAACAUGAAGGAACUGUUAUGUCAAAAACAUGGCGGAUUGUAACCUUGGAUAAAACUGACAUAAGUUAUUAAUUAAAACUAGGCUGCUAUGAAGCUAGGUAACCUUGGGCAAGAUACAAUAGAAGCCCUUUAGAAUAUUAGAAACAUACAGAUAACCAAGGAAUGCUUUAGCCAGCAGAAUUGUUAAAAACAAUAUAAUGUUUAAGAACAUACAGAUAAUCAAAGAAUUGGCAGAGAGAACCGUGAAAUGUUUUAACCAAUGGAAUUGUUACUAUCCUUUUCAGAUGUAAAAAUAAUGUAUAAAUAUUACUGCUGUGAACCUUUCGGCGCGGUCCUUCCCUUUUUCUUUUGGAAGGCGCCCAAACUUGCAAGUUUGAAUAAACAUUCGUUGCUUCAUCUGUGUGUCUCGCAGCAUUUCGAUUUGCCACGGGAUAGCGGUAGCUGGUGGGGAUAAGGGCUGGUGCUGACAGCUUGGAGUUCGCCUCCUAGGACGGGACCUUGUGGACAGUCUCCCUUAGACUGGGUGUGGGAGCGGUUCGUCCGCCACACGGAAGUCAAGGGUUAAAGGACAGUCCGCGGUCAGCAGAGUGUGGAGGCAGAACCCGGUUGAUCUGAACCAUAGCCCUAGUGUAGAGUAGUUAGCCGAGUGUCAGGGACUAUUCUCCGGAGAUUUAGAAUAUCUAGACAGAAGUCACCUAUAACAAUAGUAAAGACAGUGAGG